AUCCUCCCAAGUCCCAAUCUACCUAACCUUCAUUACGUUCACACCACAUUCCAAUUUUUCGACCAUUAAUUCACUUCUAUAUUAGUGCUCUAUUUUCCUCUGUUUUCUCAUUCACCCCAAACCUGAAACAGAUCGAGUUCAUAAUUUUGGUCAUGGCUAAGAAUGAUGUGAAGCUUAUAGGAGCAUGGCCGAGCCCAUUUGUGUUGAGGGCUCGGAUCGCCUUGAAUGUCAAGUCUGUCGAGUACGAGUUUCUUCAGGAGACACUGGAACCCAAGAGCGAGCUUCUGCUCAGAUCAAACCCGGUUCACAAGAAAAUCCCGGUUCUGCUUCACAAUGACAAACCCAUCUGUGAAUCUCUCAUCAUUGUGGAAUACAUCGACGAGGCUUGGGCCUCUGGCCCAUCUAUCCUACCUUCUGAUCCCUAUGAGCGCGCUAUUGCCAGAUUCUGGGCUGCUUAUGUUGAUGAGAGGUGGUUCCCUGCGAUGAAAGGCAUCCUUGGUGCUCAAGAUGAUGCGGCAAGGAUGGCAGCAGUCGGGCAAGUGACAGAAGGUCUAGUGCUGUUGGAGGAAGCAUUUCAAAAGAUAAGCAAAGGAAAGAGUUUCUUCGGCGGAGAUCAUAUUGGUUACCUUGACAUUGCAUUUGGGGGAUUUUUGGCGUGGAUCAGAGUGACUGAAGGGAUGGGUGGGAUCAAGCUGCUUAAUGAAACAAAGACGCCGGGGCUGCUCAAGUGGGCUGAGAAGUUUGCUGCAGAUCCUGCUGUGAAAGAUGUUCUGCCAGAGACACAGAAGCUUGCUGAGUUUAGUAAGAUAAUUAUAGCCAAAUUAAGAGCUGCUGCCGCUGCUAAGGCCAAGUAAUCUAUGGAGUGCUCAAUGUUGUGUGAAGCAGUGAUGAGUAUUUUGUGUUUAUGAGAAAUAAUGAAGACCUACUUUGUCUCAGCAGCCAGCGGUCUUUGUGUUUUUAAAACUCCGUGUAAAGUAGUUGUUAUCAGUUAUUGGGUUUUCCUAGCAGAAAUCAUUCCUAGUGGUUUUCCACUCUUCCA